AUGGCUACUCACCGCAUACUCAAACAGUUUUCCAUCUUACCACCUCAGCACACUCCCGUGCCACCAUGGCUACUCACCGUGUACUCGAACAGUUCCAUCUUACCAGAGAGGCAUUUGACUGGGUCAUUGGUGAAGUGGAAGCCAAUCUCGUCCUCAGCACACUCCCAUGCCACCAUGGCCACUCACCGCAUACUCGAACAGUUCCAUCUUACCACCUCAGCACACUCCCAUGCCACCAUGGCUACUCACCGCAUACUCGAACAGUUCCAUCUUACCACCUCAGCACACUCCCAUGCCACCAUGGCUACUCACCGCGUACUCGAACAGUUCCAUCUUACCAGAGAGGCAUUUGACUGGGUCAUUGGUGAAGUGGAAGCCAAUCUCUUCCAUCUUACCACCUCAGCACACUCCCAUGCCACCAUGGCUACUCACCGCAUACUCGAACAGUUCCAUCUUACCACCUCAGCACACUCCCAUGCCACCAUGGCUACUCACCGCGUACUCGAACAGUUCCAUCUUACCAGAGAGGCAUUUGACUGGGUCAUUGGUGAAGUGGAAGCCAAGUUCAACCAGUCAUUAGUGAACCCGGGAGAGAUGUAUGGCACACUUGCUACAACAAUAUCCUGGGUUUCAUCAGCAAUGCGCCGAUCAUGA